AUGGCCCAUGAGGGCGCGAUGCCUCCUUUGCUGCCGAAGCUCGAGGGUCCCAAGAUCUCAGCGCCGGGGCAGUUCGGAACGGCCGAGUCGCUGACGCCAGGCGAGAAGAAGUUUUCGGUGAUGGAGUCGUGGAGGCAUCGCUUUGAUAUGAUUCACUCCUGCAUUCGUAUGAUCGCCAAGGAGGGUCAUGGACUUCGUCCAGAGGUUCUUACCUUUUCAGCCAUGUCCCCUGGGAAGUGCUUGAUCUAUGACAUACACGGUUUCCGUGCCCACAAUGCUUGGCAGAGAAAGAAUGUCCUGACAGAAUCGACCACCCUCGGGAUACCCCUGCAAGUGGAGAACGGCCAGCUGGACGAUACUUGCGGCGUCCAGGUGCUGAAAUUCGACGACGACUCCGGAAGAGUCACCUAUCUCAAGAACUUCACAAAAAAGGUGGUGCGCGAAGCCCAUAAUGAGGAGGGCUCUGCAGCACUACUGGUGGUAGACCCAGAGGGCGUAGAAGUGGCCUCUUUUGGCUUGGGCCCUAGCGGCCGUGGCUUCUUUGCUUCUCAAGCAAAGGAGAAGCCGAUCCGACAGGUGCUGGUCUUGUUAGGUCCCAUCGAUUGCAACCUCCCGGACGAUCGAAAGGAUCUCAUUGAGGCCUGUUUGGAAGGAGGCUGCGACGGUCCUUUGCGCUUGGCUUUCACCUCCUGGAGACUGCCAAAUGCGGCAGUUGGGGAUCUGUUGAUGCAGCAUGAUCGGUGUGAGCUACUCCCUUUACUGGAGGAUCUCCGUGCAGUGGGCGAAGAGCAGUACAAGCUUUUCUUAAAGAGCUUUCAGAUGACGCUCCAGGUCAUGGCACUGAAUUCCGAUCAGCCGGAUCUAAUCAACGACUUCCACGAGGCUGCGAGCCAGAAGCCGGUGGAAGACCUUCCCCUGAGGCCGAGACCGCCGAAGCAUCCCCCUCCCGCCCACCUUAAGGCCAAGACGAGCUCCGAAAUUUUCAGCUCGGAGAGGGAGGCCUCCACAGCCAUCGAGGCCGAGCGUGAACCCCAUGAGCCUCGGGAGCCACCGGAGCCGCCGAAGACUCUGCGGAUGCUGCCCACAGCGAAGAAGAGGCCCUGGAAGGAUGCUGCAGAUCCGGAGGAGAUAGGAGAUGCGUUCAUCAAGAAGGUUGAUGAAUGUGAGAUGGAGAAUUUGGUUAGCUGCUGCAGCUUGUGGCCCCAAAUCCCUUGGCGACCCGCAAAAGUGGGAAUCUUCAUCGCGCCAGACAGCCAAGCGGUCUUCCGCUUGGGACAGCUCCGAAGCCUCCGUUGCCUCAGUUCGCAGCCGCCGGCCCUGGAGUUGCUGCUCGGACCGUUUUUUUUGUUUUUGUUUUUUUGUUUUUUCAAUUUUUGUUUUUUGUUUUGGGGUUUGGGGUUUAGUUGCUGA